GCGCCAUCUGGAAAGAGGCGGACAUCGUGCUCAAGGUGCGCGGACCGAGCGCCGCUGAGGCCGACGGUGUCAAUGAGGGGCAGACCAUCAUCAGCUUCCUGCAGCCGGCGCAGAAUAAGCCUCUCGUCGAGAAGCUUGCUGAGCGGAAGGCGACGGCGUUCGCCAUGGACUUGAUCCCCCGUAUCUCGAGGGCCCAGGUGUUUGAUGCCCUGAGCAGCAUGGCAAACAUUGCUGGCUACAAGGCCGUUCUCGAGGCGUCCAACAUCUUUGGUCGCUUCCUCACUGGCCAGGUUACGGCCGCAGGGAAAAUCCCGCCGUGCAAGGUUCUUGUCAUUGGCGCCGGUGUCGCAGGACUGAGCGCAAUUGCUACCGCGAGGAGGCUUGGGGCAAUCGUGCGUGGCUUCGACACGCGCUCUGCUGCGCGCGAGCAGGUCCAGUCCCUCGGGGCCGACUUUAUCGAGGUCGAGCUGGAGGAAGAUGGGUCUGGCGCUGGCGGCUAUGCCAAGGAGAUGUCCAAGGAGUUUAUUGAAGCCGAGAUGAAGCUCUUCACCGAGCAAGCUCGAGAGGUGGACAUCAUCAUCACCACGGCUCUGAUUCCCGGCAGACCGGCCCCGAAGCUGAUAACAAAGGCCAUGGUGGAGAUCAUGAAGCCCGGGUCUGUCAUUGUUGACCUGGCCUCCGAGGCUGGCGGGAAUUGCGAGAAGACAGAGCCCGGAAAGCUGGUCACUUACAAGGACGUCAAAAUCAUUGGCUACACUGACUUCCCUUCGCGCCUGCCCACGCAAUCGUCUACUCUGUACUCGAACAACAUUACUAAGUUCUUGCUGUCGAUGGCCCCAAAAGAGAGGGAAUUCGGAGUUGAUCUGACAGACGAGGUGGUUCGGGGCUCGAUUGUCACCCGAAAGGGCGAGAUUAUCCCCCCUGCACCUCGUCCAGCUCCCCCACCUGCGCCAGCCGCCGUGCCAGCCGCUGCCAAGGAAGUCGAAGUCGUGGCCCUGACACCCUUCCAGAAGACUUCCCGUGAAGUUGCGCUGGUGACCGGUGGUCUAGGCAGCGCUCUUGUCUUGGGCAGGCUCACUGGACCCUUGUUCAUGGGCAACGUUUUCACCUUUGCCCUGGCCUCAAUCAUUGGGUACCGCGUCGUCUGGGGCGUGGCUCCGGCCCUGCACUCGCCACUCAUGAGUGUUACAAAUGCCAUCUCCGGCAUGGUCGGCGUCGGCGGCUUGUUUGUUCUUGGUGGAGGUUACUUUCCCGAGACAAUCCCCCAAGCCUUUGGUGCGGCAUCGGUCCUUCUCGCUUUUGUCAACGUUGCAGGCGGCUUCGUCAUCUCCAAGCGCAUGCUUGACAUGUUCCGCCGCAAAACUGACCCUCCCGAAUAUCCGUGGCUUUAUGCUAUUCCGGGACUCCUAUUCGGUGGCGGAUUCGUUGCUGCGGCCUCGACGGGUGCUGCUGGACUCGUGCAAGCCGGCUAUCUUGUCAGCUCGGUUCUUUGCAUUACGUCGCUGUCGGGGCUGGCUUCCCAGUCGACGGCCCGCAUGGGAAAUAUGCUGGGCAUGCUAGGUGUGGGGUCCGGUGUCCUUGCCUCGCUCGUUGCCGUUGGGUUCUCGCCCGAAGUGUUGACGCAGUUUGGCGGCCUGGCUGCCAUUGGAGGCAUCCUGGGUUUUGUUAUUGGCAAACGCAUCACGCCUACAGACCUCCCCCAGACCGUCGCCGCGCUUCAUUCAGUCGUGGGCCUCGCCGCUGUCUUGACCAGUGUCGGCAGCGUCAUGGCUGAUUUGCCAAACGUGUCGACACUUCACCUCGUUACUGCCUACCUCGGUGUUCUGAUCGGCGGCGUCACUUUUACGGGCUCGAUUGUAGCCUUCCUCAAGCUCGCUGGCAGAAUGACAUCAAAGCCAUUGAUCUUCCGCGGACGUCAUGUCCUCAACUCGGGCAUGCUGGCGGCCAAUGUUGCCACCAUGGGCGCUUUCGUGACACUGGCGCCCGCGUCGCCGCUGAUCGCCGCAGGUGCUCUUGGUGCCAACACGGUUCUCUCGUUUCUCAAGGGAUACACGACGACGGCGGCCAUUGGCGGUGCCGACAUGCCCGUCGUCAUUACUGUCCUGAAUGCCUAUAGCGGUUUCGCUCUCGUGGCAGAAGGCUUUAUGCUGGACAACCCGCUCCUCACCACGGUCGGGGCUCUCAUUGGGGUAUCUGGUUCCAUCCUCUCCUAUAUCAUGUGUGUCGCCAUGAAUAGGUCCCUCGUCAACGUUCUUUUCGGGGGCAUAUCCGCGCCGACAACAUCUGACUACAAGAUCGAGGGAAACAUAACCCAGACCAAUGUGGAGGAUACGGCGGAAGCUCUCACCAAUGCGGAAUCUGUCAUCAUUGUCGUUGGAUACGGCAUGGCUGUCGCCAAAGCCCAAUAUGCCAUCUCAGACAUUACGAACAUGUUGAGAUCGAAGGGCAUCAAGGUCCGGUUCGCCAUCCACCCCGUCGCGGGCCGCAUGCCUGGCCAGUGCAACGUUCUCCUCGCCGAGGCAAGCGUGCCGUACGAUAUCGUGCUUGAGAUGGACGAGAUCAAUGACGACUUUGGCGAGACCGAUGUGACGCUUGUAAUUGGUGCCAACGAUACGGUUAACCCCAUCGCUCUGGAGCCGGGCAGCCCGAUCGCCGGCAUGCCAGUACUUCACGCUUGGAAGAGCAAGCAGGUCGUGGUGAUGAAGCGGGGCUUGGCGAGCGGUUACGCCGACGUCCCUAAUCCAAUGUUCUACAUGCCUGGAACAAGAAUGCUCUUUGGAGAUGCUAGAGUUACAACAGAAGGUGAGCAGCCCCUAUCCCCUGGAUGCCCCUGCCCCUCAAGCCGAGGCAGCCCCUGACACGCCACCAAUAGCCAUCAAAGCAGCGAUCGAAUCCCGGUUCAAGUCAUAGAAGGAUCCCCUGCAUAUACACAGCAGCCCGUACAUACAUGCUCUCCUGGUUGGCUCCGUUUACUAGAUCAAGACCAUGUCGCAUGCAUCUGUUUGCCAGAUCUCACACACUUCUAGACGCUCAGGCGAGUAGAGGGGUCUCUUCAGUUAUUUUUCUCGUUAG